AUGAAACUGGUCCAAAUCUCCCUCCUGACCCUAACCCUCCUCCUCCCAGCCCUUACAGCUGGCCACCCAACCGCACGUCCUCCCGAAGAACACGAAUCCCAGCCCCACAAGCACCACUGGAGCUUCGAUCUAUUCCACAACAAGCACUGCAGCGGCACGACAAUCAGCCACGAGGGCCAAGGAUCUACAGGCUGUCGACCGAACAUCGAAAACGACGGCGCGCAAGCAUUCACCAACCUCAACAUCGAUCCAGGCUGCAAGGUGAAGUUUUUCCGCGAUAAGAGGUGUUCUCGACACGCGAUGAUUGAAGAGGUGAAAGCCGGUUCUCAUACGACGUGCAAGGCCAUCUCGCGAAAGAAGAUGGCUCAUAGUUUUGAGGUUUCUUGUCGAUGA